ACUGUGCCAAACAAUAGACAAAGGGGGACUGGAUUUCCAAGGUGCCUUUCUGCUGGCUCCUUAGCCUGCUCCUCCCGUGAACCCAGGGCAGCUGGGAUUUGGAGAUCUGGGGUCUGGGACUGGAGUGCAGGUGUGAGGAUGGGCCUGGCCCUACUGAGCUGGGUUCUGAUGCUGCUCUGGGUGUCUACAGCUCAAGCUGAGGUCCUGGUGCAGCCUGACUUUGAUGCUCAAAAGUUCUCAGGCCUCUGGCACAUUGUUGCCAUGGUUUCUGAUUGCAAAGUCUUCCUGAGCAAGAAGGACCACCUGCUGAUGUCCAUCAGCACCAUCAAUGCCACAGGGGAGGGCAACCUCAGCGUCCACAUGGAGUUCCCGAGAAUGACCAGUUGUGCACGCCCAGGGCAGAAGGUGGGCUCUGAGGGGCACUUCCGAGUCCCAGCCCUGGGCUACCUGGAUGUGCACAUGGCUGAGAUGGACUACAGCUCCUUUGCACUGGUCUACAUCUACAGCGAGCUGGUGGGGGCGCUCAGCACCAUGGUGCGACUACAGUCCUGCUCCUUAAGACUCUCCUCUGCCCCCAUCAGCCUGGGCCUUUGCAGGUCUAGGGGCUGGGUUUAUGGUGACCUCUGCUCUGCCCCAGGAUGGACUCAGGAUGCCAGCCCCCAGGCCCUGAAGGUCUUCCGGGACUUCUCCCCACCGUGGGGCUCCUGGAUGACAUGA